AACCCAUUUCUAGAUCCAACAACAUCAGAAUGGUGGUUUGACUCUUUCUCAAAGGCUAAAUAUGAAAAUAUUGCUCAUUAUAAUCCAGAGCUUACAUGGACAAAGAAGGAAGAAAACAAACUUUUAACAAAAUUGAACCUGACUGUUAUGUUGAUGGUUUCUUUAAUGUUUUUUGGAUUCCAUAUCAAUAAGGCAAGUUUUGGUGAUGCCCUCAGAGGCGGAAUGGCAUAUGAUGUUGAUAUGCAAAGUUCAAGAUAUUCAAUGAAUGGUGAUUCUUUUGAUUAUGAGCGGGCAUGUCAAAUAAUAUUGGCUAUUCCAUCAGUCUUGGUUGCUAAGAAGAUUGGUCCUCAUAUUUGGUUACCUAUUAUCUUAUGUAUUUAUUGUGCUUUAGGUGGUCUCUCAAGUUUGAUUAAUGAAACUGCAACUGCUAUUGGUAUUAGAGCUGCUAUGGGUGGUGUUGGUGCUGGUUUCAUUCCAAGCUGCGUCUUAUACUUGUCAUAUUUCUAUACUUCAGAUCAAUUAGCUAUGAGAUUGGCGUGUCUUUGGAUAGUUAAAACAGUUGCUGAUAUAUUUUCUGGCUAUCUAGCAUAUGCAACUGACAGAGUCGAAUAUUCACCAAAACCUACUGCUAUUGAUGGCUGGCAGUUACUAUUUGUUGCAGAGGGUCUUGUUCCAUUACUUGGUGCUAUUAUUAUUGCAUUUUUCUUACCACCAUCUUUAACUGAAAAGAAAAAAUGGCAACGUGAAAUCUUAACUGAGCAUGAGAAGGAAAUUCAAGUCAAUAGUGUGUUAAGAGACGAUCCUUCAAAAGGUUUAUCAAGUCGUCAUAAAGCUGUUUCACUAAUGGAGAUUAUCAAAUCUAUCUUCGAUUUUGACUUAUAUCCAAUUUACUUUAUUGCAUUAAUUGCAUUCAUCCCAUUUGACACUUAUGAAACAUAUUUACUACUUUGCAUAAGACAAUUCAUGACAAUUCGUCAGUCAAUAGCCAGGUUCUCGUUUAGAAUGCCUUGGAGGAUUUUAUACAUGGCAUUUUUGGUUUCAAUCACAAAAAUUUCUGAAAAUUUGAAUGAACGUACACUUGUUUCAUUGAUCUUCCCACUAUGGCAAUUACCUUUACUAGGUGUUAUGACUUGGUGGAGGAAAACUCUUUAUGAUGAAUGGGGCUCGGCAUUAGUUGUUUCUUUAGCGUUAGCUGCACCAAAUAUUAUCGCAAUUUUACAAAGUUGGGUUUCAAGAAAUUCUGGUUCAAAUGGUAAAAGGGCAAUAUCAGCUGCAAUGUUCAUGAUGUUCAUUGAUGCUGGUUAUAUGAUUUCAAGUUGUAUUUAUCAUACAAAAUAUCUACCAACUUUGAAAAAAGGCAGUUUAAACCUUUUCAUUAUUAUGAUUAUUACAACUGUCGUCUUAAUUUUGACCAAAGUUUACUAUGUUGUUAGAAACAGAAUGAAAGUUAACAAAUGGAGCAAUUUCACUGAGGAAGAACAAAACUCUUAUUUGGUUACCCAUGGGUGGAAAGGCAAUAAGACAGCAUUUUAUAAUCUGGCUCAUUAA